AUGGCGGCCUCCGCGAGCCUUGUCUUGCAGGUCCGCCCUGCAACUCCUUUCACCGGCUUGCAUCAGGCCUGCCCACGUUUUUGCGGGGAGGACCACGGACCUUUACCCGCGGGACUGUCGGGACAUGAGAGAAGUGCCUGUGUGCUGCUAAUCGCCUCGCUUGCGGUGCGGCCGGGGCCGGGGCGGGACACUCGCCGUUGCCGCACUCGCCGUCGUGUACGCGAACGCCAAGGCCAAGGUUUCGGCCUUCCGGGAGGAAAGCAGAGCUGGACCACUGGCUUGACAGCCUCUCCUGUGCCAAAUGCCUUGGAGUCAUGGCUGGGUAAGCUUGAUCCAUCUAUUCGUGAAGUCAUCAAACGCAUAGAGAAACACUAUGGUCACCAAGCUUGGAUAGUUGGAGGCGCCGUGCGUGAUGUGCUGUGUGGCUACAAGCCAGCAGAUGUGGAUGUUGCGACUACGAUGACCCCCGCCAUGCUGCAGCAGAUAUUCCCUGAUCUUAUUAUGACCGGUGCGAAGUACGGCGUCGUGACUGUGAAACAUAAAGGCUGCCUGGUGGAGUGUGCGCAGCUCCGCAAAGCACCAACGGGUUCAGACGGGGCACGCCAAGAGCACUCCGAGCUUGCAGACAGUCUUCUGGAAGACUUGCGAUCCCGCGACUUCACUGUGAAUGCAAUGGCUGUGGACAUGACCCGCAAGGUGAUUUACGAUCCCUUCGGUGGAAGAGGCGAUGUGAAGGAUCGGCGAUUGAGGGCUGUGAGCCGACCCGCCGAGCAGAUGAUGCGACAGGACGGUCUGAGGGUCCUGCGUGCCUACCGCUUCUGGGCGGCGUUCAGUGAGGUCCCUUGGAUACUGCAUGAAGGCCUGGCCACUGCACUUCGGGAGGUUGGAGGCCAGCUCUUAGCGAACACUGCCAGACAAAGAAUUCUGAGCGAGCUGAAGAAGAUCCUGAGCCGCCCCAGAGGUUGGGAAGCCAUGAGGCAGAUGGCGGAAGAUGGGGUGCUUUCUGCCAUCCUGGGACAUCCUGUAGAUGUGGAAGGCCAAGAGCUGAGCGCUCUGAAGGCCCUCUACACGCUUCCUCAAGUGACCGCAUCCCUGGCACGCCAGAGGCCCAGGGCGCUGGAGAGGCCGGUGACGUACCGCCAAAAGCAAACCGGACGGAAGGGCCCAAGGCUCUUUGAGGAUCCGCUGAAACGAGGAAUGCCUGCCAAGAGACCGCAGCCCUUCGAAUUCUACGCAGUGGUCGACUUCGAGGCCACCUGCUGGGAGCAGGGCCAGACGGCGACAUCCCAGGAGAUCAUCGAGUUUCCGGUGGUGCUACUGCACGCAGCCUCUGGAACCUGCGUGGGGGAAUUUCACAGCUUCGUCAGGCCGAGUUCCGAAAAGAGGCUCUCACACUACUGCAGGUGUCUAACAGGCAUCUCCCAGUCCACCGUGGACGGGGCUCCCUACUUCAAGGAAGUGGUCGCCACCGUGUCAUCUUGGCUCAAGGAGAAAACCAACGGAGCCGACAUUGCCUGGGUUGCAGAUGGCGAGUGGGACCUGGAGGAGAUGCUGCCUGCCCAGUGGAGGCGAAGCUUCGGGGAAGCCCGUAUGCCUGAAUCCUGGAAGCAGUUCAUCGACGUGCGCCAGGUUUUCCAGCAAGUUCACCCAGGCAUGCUGAGGCCAGGAAUCGGAAAGAUCCGGAUGAUGUGCGAGUAUCUGCGCAUCCCGAACUUGGGGCCUCUCCACUCUGGAAUCGCCGACACGCGCAACGUCGCCCGCAUCGCGCUGAUGUUGAUGUGGGAAGGUGCUGUCUGCAAGGCUUUUCCACCCAGAGAUGCCCAGCAGCUCCCUCGCCCCUUCCCGUCACCACCGCCCAAGAAGGAGGUGAAGAUGACGAAGGCCAAGGUCAAGUGCCAAACAACCUCUCGGAACAUCCAAGCUUUCGAAGAGGCCAUGACUCUCAUGUUGGCACGCAUGGAGGGUGACGAGGCUCUAGAACUUAUGAAGCAUUUGCACUUCAGCAAGGUAGAGCAGAGAUUCGUCACGGAGCAUAUUCAUUGCCUCGGAGAGCUUCCAGCUGCCAGGGAUGAGGGAGCAAUCCGCCGAUUCCUGGUUGCCUGCGGAGAGGACUUCGCCUUCGCGCAGCUGCGCCUGGAGCGAGCCUGGCUCCUGGGCGCCAAGGAGGCGGAGCAGGAGCCCGCGCAGCCCGCGGAGCCCGCGGAGCCCGCGGAGCUCGCGGAGCUCGCGGAGUUGGAGGAGGCCUUGGAAGCGCAGCUCAGGGACAAGGAGGCCUGGGAGCGGCUCCAGAAGCCGCUGGCAGAUGGCCGCUGGAUCCAAAAGGAGACGGGCUUAGACUUGGACAUGGUGGGCCCCAUCAAGGAGUGGCUCUACUACCAGCAAGUUGACCAAGACCUAAAGUCACUAGAGGAUCUAAGGGACCAGCUUCAAGGCCUGGGCAUGGAGUCUUUGGAGAUGCAGUCGGCGCCGAUGGUGUCAUGGCCACCGGACAGGACCUGCAAGCAGCUUCCUUCCAAGAAAAGAGUAUCCCGACCAUCCCUGCCUCAAGGAGAAGCCGACAUGAUUCCAGGAGCAAAGCUUAGCUACGACUUGGAGAUUAACGACCGAAAUGGAAAGACAAAGGCAGUUCGCGUGAAGGUCGAAUCCCCUGGUGACCCCAGCUACUCGUGGAAAGGCGGUGGUGGCGGCGGCGGCAAAGGACGAAGCCACGGCACCGGCCCCUAUGGCCAAUCCUACGGAGGUGGCAUGGGUGGGGGUGGCUACGAAGGCGGUGACGCUGCCUACUGGCAGCAACUAAUGGCGACCAUCACGCAGGCGGCGCAGGCAAUGCAGGGUGGCGGCUAUCAAGGGGGCCGGGGUCCGAGUAGCCUAGCGAGUGGUACAGCCAUCCUGGCCAUGCCGCUAUGGAGCCUGGAAGUGAACUUGGCGGUGCCAAAAAUCUUGAGACUGCCCUGGGGCGCACCAAAGCAGGCCUUACCAUAUCUCGACAUUCGAUGCAGGGACUCUCUCGCCGCAGAGGGCGCGGAGUGGAAUGGCCAGCUCAAUGCCGAGAUCUCGGUGGCACAGCAUCUCGGCGAUUUCUUCCAAGUCCGAUGCUGGAGGCCGCGCGAAGGGCCACGGCCUGGUGGUGGCCGGUGUGAGGUUGCGGACGUGGGCAUGGUCGAGGCCAUCAAGACCGAUGCCUUGCGAGAGAAAGUGGAAGCCGAGGCUCCUCUUCGCAGCGCGAAGUAUGGAGGCAUCUCGGGAAAAGACCAUGAAGAAGCCCCCCAACAGGCUCUUACCUGCUUGCGGUGUCCAAGCGUUCGGAUCAUGGACUUCUACAAGUGUGGGGCGGAUGCGGCCGGGAGUGCGAAAUCCAAGGCGACACUCGCAGCGACUUCGGCACUCACAGGCCAGGCUUCGAAGUUCCAGGUCCUUGUUUGGGUGGGUGACUGGACCACGCUAGGCGAUCAGGAGGGCAGAGCAGCUGGACGGACCAGAGGCGAGGCUCGACGCCGAAUCGAGCUGCAGACAAAGUUCAACAAGGUUGAAGUGGUGCGGCAGGCUGAUCAGAAGUUCAUCCGAGAGCGGGCAGAGAAGCACAAGACGAUGCGUGACGAUCGCUUCAAGCGCCUCGUCGAUGCAGUCUGUGAUCAUGGAGGCCUUGCCAUGGAAUGCGCUGAAAACCUUGCCGCCUUCGAGCAGCGCUAUCAGCAGCGUCGAUGGGACCUGUAUGCCCAGUGGGACGAGCACGUGUCACAUCCCCUGGCUAAGCAGGCCUUUGACUACAUCAACCCAGCAGACCGUGUAGCGCAGCAGAAGCUCAAUGGCUCGAAAUCCGUGAGCUGGAAGCUCCCGCACGAGAAGCCGCAGCUGAAGCUCGAUGUGUCAAAGGACCCCGCUCGACGUCAGCUUUACGACACGGAAGCUGAGAAAAACUUCCAUGAGGUGGCCGAGACCGUCCUUGGCCGCAGUCGCAGCUCCCCGGAGAUCCUGCGGCGUUCAGCCAUGCGGGACCCGCGUGCCGUGGGCACGCGGGCCCUGAGCCGACCCGUGCUAGAACCGACCGACUGGGGCCAGCAACAGUUGCAGGGAACACUCUUCGGUCGCUUCGCGCAGGCGUGUGAAGAGGGGCCCAACUUCACCCGAGCGCGGCGUGGCGGGACGAACGUCUUUGUGCCUGACGAGACUGACGGCAUUGAGGCCGCUGGCACGCGCUUCAGCCGCCUGCAUGGUCACCAUGACAUGGGCAUACUCCGUGGCGACACGGGCUCACAGGGUGAGACCUCGAAUUUCAAAACCCAUGAAGGAAGCUCUUCGGGCGCUCCGGCACAAGAUCAUUUCACUUUCCAGCACAGCAGGGAGAUCACAGACCUCGAGUUCCCUUUGGGAAAGAAGGCUCUGCAGCUCAACGGGUUCUCUGCUGCGGAAUUGCGUUGUGUUGAUCCUUGGCCCCUCGGCUCUGGCUCAGAUUCAGUCAGCAUUCCCGAGCGCCAGCCCUUCGUCGCAAUGUUCGGCACUGGAGUAGCUGCUGGACAUCCAAACAUGCAGGCACGUCUGAACCAGGCCAUUGCCCAGCACAAUCCCAACUACAAAGCGCUGUAUGUGUCGUGGAACGACAACCAGCGCCAACAGGGCUCAUGUUGGGGCAGCAACAUCACAGACGCACGCCUCAAGGGGAAGGAUGGAGAGGACUUUCUGGUUGUGCGGCCAAACAACUUCAACGAGCGAAUCGGGAGAGUAAAAGCGUCUGAUGUGGCACUUCUGGUAGGCAGUGGAACAAGCCUCCGGCCCGUCACGUUGGAGGAGUACCUGCGAGAUUUCCAUUCCCAUGCUGCAUAUGCUGGUUCGGUUCCUGCUGGAACCUCGCUUCUAUCGGCAACACGUGAUCAAAGUGUUGGCAUCCGGUUCCAGGCUGUAUUCCUUCCAGUCGCUAGCCAUUCAUCACUCUUCGGGUUCCCUGGGCCGAAGGCCAAGGAGUUCUAUCCCGACACCUACAACUACCAAACGAAAAGUUGGGAGGAUCCACGGAACUUGGUGCUUCUUUGCACUUCUCAGGGCACCUUCGUGCAGCAGGAUGGGCCAGGGAGUGUGCCGCAGUUCUUGCACAGCUCCGAACCGGGAGGUUGGCGCAAGAAGUACCUGGAGGCCGCGGCGACGCGGCACGGGGUUACUAUGGGACAAACUGAGACCGCAGAAGAGAGGGCAGAGGCCUUGCGCCAGGGCAAAGCAGCAUCUACGGUCAUUGGGACUAGAGCGAUGGGAACAGGCUUCAACCGGCUGAUGACGGUUCAGAUCCCGAUGAAGCAACAGAGAACUUUCGGCACCAACAAUCUUUUCGGAGGACCGUCCCCCACGGCAUGGGCUCCCACAUUCCCAUUCUCCACGACGACAAGCAAUUGCUUCAGCGGUGGCCCAACGCCAGCCGCCGGACCCUGCAGCGGGGCUCCAGCUCCUAUGGCCUUCGGAAACGCCCCAGGCGCUUGUUUCGGUGGAUUCAGAAGCACAAACUCUUUGUGCCAAGCACGGGCUCAAUCUGAUUCUGCGCAUGCCGCUUGCGUGUCGACUGGGUCGGAUGCAGGACCCAUGGACCGCCUGCGCAUGGAACGCUUCGAGAGGGACGAGGGGUGUUCGGUGACCAUAACCGUACAAUUCUAUUUCGUCGUCAGGGAAGGCCAUAGCAUUGAUGAGUCCGAUAUCAGGCGCGCGGUGGAUAUUUGUGAGGAAGCUUACAAAGGAUGCUCAUGGGACGGCAAUCUCAUGGAUGCAGGUUUUCAAUCUGCUUUUGCCAAGAAGGACAUGACACCCAGUGAUACGAUGAAUCUCUUGAGUCCGUCGUCUUCUGUGCUGGUCUUCCCUGGCAGCGACUCUGAUGUGCAAAAGUCUACCUGGUUACAGCCACCAUGGCCAUCAACACUCUCGAACUGCUUCGAUCCCCUCGCUGGUCUGGACCAAGAUCUCAAAUCUCUGCUCUGCAAAGUGCCUUGCACAGAGGAAGGAUACGGCUGGCUGCAUGGCACAGCUUUGAGCCUGCUGGAGAAGAAGCAGCAGCUGGAUGCUGCGUUCCACAUCUUCCGUCUUGCGAACGACCUGCACUUACAGAUUCAUGGGCUGCCCGGUAGCCAUUCCCUUUACAACAUGGCGUGUUGUCAGGCCGUGGCGGUGUCCCUCCAGAUCCAGCAGUACCGCAGCGCGUGCCCAGGAGCCUUCGACCUGGCGAGCUGCUUGCAGGUCCCAGACAGAGCAGGUGGCGUGGUGGCACCGCACCUCCCACCCAAACCUGCCUUCGGAGCCUCGGUGGCCAUGCUUUGCGAUGCCCGCCUUGAUGCUGCCCUGGGAUUGCUCUCCAGUGCGAUUGGAGCUGGCUGGCGGCAGCAUGCUCACAUGGCCACUGAUCCAGAUCUGCAGUCAGUUAGAGAGCUCCGCAAGCCGCGCUUUGAUGUUCUGGUGAAGCUUGCCCAGACCACGGCUCAGGCCUUCGCAUAG